AUGGUUUUGCGAUUCCAGAGGAGUGAGUCUGCAGAAGACAUGUCGUCUUACUUACAUGGAAUCAACAAUGCCCUGAGAUCGGAAAAUGGAAAUUUGACAUCCGAGGAUCCAAACAUGCAGCUGGAUUGGAUUAAACGUCAAGGCAAGAAGGCAACUCCAUUGGCCGUUCAUCUGUUGAUGAUCGUCUCCGUUGGAGCUUAUGCAGUUUUUGGAGCUGUUGUCAUGAGAAAGCUGGAAUCCAAACCCAUUGCUGAAGUUAAGGCUGUCAUUGAGAAAAGACAUUCUGAUCUACACAUCAAUCCAGAAACUCUGGCUAAAGCUUUAGAAGCUGGUAGUUCAAUUCACCGACGUAGAAGGCGGCAUAAUGAUUCUGUCAUACUGGAAAAAGUUCUUUUAGAAGAAGAAAUGAAUAAUUUGACGAACAGGGAAAAGCGAACAGCAGCUCAGGUUAUGCGGAGCCGACGUUGCGUGAUCUCUGCCAUAAAAAAAUUAGCUGAGUUUGAGUGCUCACUCAGUACUUUGAAUGAGAAAUUAAUAAAAGAAAUGGAUAAAUGCUAUCACAUAUCAGUAGAACAAGAUGUCUUUCAUCCUCCCAAUCCACAUGCAGGUCCUCACUUAAAACAAUCGGAUGGAGAUGAUGAGAUUCAGCCUUGGUCUUUCAUGGAUUCGCUUCUGUUCGCAUUUACUGUCAUAACUACUAUAGGUUAUGGUAAUGUGGCACCAAAAACUUUUGCUGGAAGAUUAUUUGUUGUUUUAUACGGUCUGGUUGGAAUACCAUUCACACUCUUAGCUAUUGCCGACUUGGGUAAAUUUCUAUCAGAAAUCAUGGCUGAUUGGACACAACGACUGAAUAAGCUUCGAAAGAAAUUCAGGGACGAUUGGAUUGUUCGGAUGAAGCUAAAAGGUUAUGAGAACAGUAAGAAGAAAACGUCUCGUAGAGGAAGUUUAGAUGAAAUCAUCUCAGUUGAGGAAGGAAAGAUGGAAGAGAAGAACUUGUCAGCUAAGGCGGAAGAAGGGGAUGAUAUAGAAGACAGUCAAGCUAUUGCUCUCUUCAUAGUUUUUCUACUCUAUAUAGCAAUGGGAGGUUUAAUGUUGGCUUCGUACGAACCUGACAUGGACUUCUUUAAAGCUGUUUACUUCAAUUUCGUAACUCUAACAUCAAUCGGAUUAGGUGAUAUAGUGCCUCGAAGUGAAACGUACAUGGUUUUCACGAUUGUUUACAUAGCUAUUGGCUUAGCUUUAACAACAAUGGCAAUCGAAAUUGCUGCUGAUACUCUUAAGAAGUUACACUAUUAUGGAAGAAAAAUAGAGAAUGUUGGCAGUGUUGCUAUUUGGUUUGGAGGAAAGAAGAUGACCAUGAAAGCUCUUGUUAAAAAUUUGGGUGAUCAGUUCAAUCUACCAACAACUGUCAUAAAGGAUUUAGAUUUGGAUAAUUUUGUUGACAUGGCUAUUAAAGUAGAAGAAGGACAAAUUGAAACUUUGCGACCUCCUCCAUUUGAACCAGAUCCAGAAGAGUUCACAGGUAAUUUUAUGGAUGAGGCAGCACAAGAGUGGAUUUCUGAACCUACACCUUCGCCCGAGCCUGAGCCUAAGGAACCUACACCUGAGCCUACGCCUGAGCCAACACCUCCUCCAACACCAACUCCACGAGAACCCACUCCUAUUCCUACACCGGAACCGCCAAAAGAGCCAACUCCAGAGCCAACCCCAAGUCCAUCUCCUGAACCUAAAGUAGAGACACCGCCUAGAACUCCAACACCAGAACCUGUAGAAGAGCCACCACCUCCAGAAGUAAAGGAAGAAUCACCUCCACCUCAGAAACCGAGAGCGCUAACUGCAGCUGAGCUUGCAGCUCAGAAAAGGAGGGCUUAUAGUGAGGAAGCUUGGAGAAGAUAUCAGGAGUAUCAAAAGCAAUGGAAAAAGUUCCGUCAAACUCAAAAAGUCCCAGCUCCUGCUACAGGUACGGGUUCAUCGACACGCAGUGGAUCGGGCCCCGGUUCAUCAAAGGGUUCCACACAACCUGGCACUCCAGAAGCUAAAUGA